CUCACCUUUCCCCGCCACACCGAAUCUAAGGCAUGUCUCUUUGUUUCUCUCAACCCUGGAGGUUUCAUCAUGAAAGGAGGUAAAUCCGUUGUCAAAACUAAUAACAUGAUUGGUGUGAAGAAAAAUGCUCCGGUGACUAAGAAAAUGAAGGAAGUAAAAAUGGAGCAAAUGGAAUUGUCAGAUUGUGAAGAAGAAAGCGUUCAUCCAACGAAUGGCUCCAAUGGUGGGGGAAAUCCAUGCUAUCCACAUCCAGCUAGGGCAUCUCUCUUAACAAACCCGAGAGGCCUGCAUGUGCUUUCUUCGUUUUCAUGGAGGAGUUCAGGAAGCAGUUGUCAGAUGCUGAGAAAGCUCCUUACGAGGCAGAGGCAAAUAAAAGGAGGGCGGAAUAUCAAUAGAAGAAGGAUGCUUAUGACAGGCGAGUAGCUGCUGGAUCUGCCGAGGAGGAGGAAUUUGACAACUCAAUGUCCGAGGUUGAUGAGGAAGAGGGAAGCCGAGAGGAAGAGGAUGAAGGGGAUGGCAAUUGAAGAAGCUUUUAGUCGAUGAGGAAACCGGUGAGGAGGCUUCUGUAAUAUCUGCAACAUAUGACUUCUUCUUUUUCCCGUGUAAUACUUGCAAUUUUUUUAAAAAUUUUUUAUGAGUUAAAGAUGAAUUUAGGGGAGCUGCUUGUAAAGCUCAAUAGUUUAUGCACAUUUUAUUUUGAUGCUGCUAAUUCAUAGUUCAGGCAGGUGGUUGUCCUUCUUGGCUUG